AACCCCUUUCAAUAUAUGAUCUUGGUAGAUGUAUGUUAUAUAUUCUAGUCCACUAAGGUGGAGCUCAGCCAUAUGCUUCGUGAAGCUAAUGAAUUAUCUUGCAGUAUCCUGAGAGGAAGGAAUGUGCAAAAUUCUUACAGAGGGAAUCAAACAACAAUCACAUUUCUUUAUUAUUCCCGGAAAGUACCAAGGGAGCUAAUGUGCUUCUUGCACUGAAAACAGGGGAACCUUGCUUCUUCUUUUUUUGGCAUAAAUAUAACAAAUGACUGAACAACUUCUUGUUAGUUUUUGGUUUAAUAGGUAAAUGUUCUCUGUUGAGUAGUUUUCUCUCUGCUGACAAUGGCUUGGACUUUUAAGUAGGAUUUGAAUGCUUGAUUUCCGAAUGGAUGCACCUUAUCCACCCAAAAAAAAAAGAGAAAAGAUAAUUAGUUGUGCUUAUUCCUGCAUGAUCUGUGGAUAUGUCAUAUGUAUAGUCACUUUGUUCAUGGGACCCCAGCAAGAGGCCAACGGCUGUAGAGGCCCUCCAACAUUCAAAUGCGCGGUUGGACAUGAGAUGCAGGUAGCAUUCUGCCUCAUCCAGAAGUAUGUUGAUAUGCAUUCUAUUGGAACUAAAUUACAGAUAAUAUCUGCAUUUUCUGUUGAGCAUGUGAAAGGUUAUAUUUAUAUUGAAGCUGAUAGGGAACGUGAUGUCGUUGAGGUAUGUAAAGGGCUUUGUAGUAUAUAUUCUAGUAGAGUGGUGUUGGUUCCCAAAAAUGAAGUUCUCUAUCUGCUUUCUCUUCAAAUCAAAUCAAGUGAAGUUUCUAAGGGCACAUGGGUCAGCAUGAAGUAUGGGAAAUACAAAGGGGACCUUGCACAGGUUGUGGCUGUUCAUGAUGCACGGAAGAGGCCACCGUAAAGCUGAUUCCAAGGAUCGAUCUCCAAGCCAUGGCACAAAAAUAUGGAAUUUGGAGUGGAAUGAUUACUGGGAUUGCUUUACAGACCCUCAUCCUUGUAGUAAUCACAUGGCGUACUGACCGGGAGAAAGAGGCAAGUGUAUAUUGCAACACAUUUCUAUAUGCUUUGUUAGUCAUCUUUCUUCUUAAUGAUUUAAUUUUCCUUAAGCUUUACUUUAUCAGCAUAGC